CGCACCUGGGGUCUAGUCCGCCCGCGGAGUCAGAAGGGUGCGCGCGACCUAGGGCGGCGCGGUGGGAGGUGCACCAUGCCGGGGAUGGUGUUGUUCGGCCGGCGCUGGUCCCUGGCCAGCGACGACCUGGUGUUCCCCGGGUCUUUCGAGCUGUUCCUGCGUGUGCUGUUGUGGAUUGCCAGUCUGACUUUGUAUCUUGUGCACAGAAGGAAGCUGGACUGUCCUGGUGGAGUCUUGCUCAGCACUUACCUGAUUGUUCUCCUUGUUCUCCUGGCGGUCAUCAUAUGCACUGUGUUGGCCAUGGUGUGCGUCAGCAUGAGAGGAACCAUUUGUAACCCUGGACCUCGGAAGUCUAUGGCUAAGCUGCUUUAUGUCCGUCUGGCGCUCUUCCUGCCAGAGAUGGUCUGGGCUUCUCUGGGGGCCAUCUGGGUGGCAAAAGGUAUCCAAUGUGACAAGACAGUUUUGAUUGGCAUCAUCACCACCGUCAUUGUCAGUUGGAUUGUCAUGGCUACCACCAUGGUCACUAUCGUCUUUGUCUUUGACCCGCUGGGUGGGAAGAUGACUCCACACCCCCCAGGCUGCCCCGAACACCUGGACAGUAACAACUCAAGUCAGUUAUUGACUGGCCUGAAGACAGCUGCCAAGAGUGUGUGGGAAACCAGAGUGAUGUUCUGCUGCUGCUGCGUGGGGCAGGAUGAUAACGCCAGAGUCGCUUUCUCCAGCGCGGCUGACCUUUUCUCCACCUACUUCUCUGACACAGACCUGGUGCCCAGUGAUAUUGCAGCAGGCUUCACCCUUCUCCACCAGCAACAGGACAAUAUCAACAACAGCCUGGAGCCUCGGGAGGUCAUCACCCACUUUCCAGGGCAGUCUCAGGAAGCUGACUUGGAUGCAGAAGUGGAAAACUGCCAUCACUUCAUGCCGUUUGCAGCAGCUGCCUAUGGAUGGCCCCUCUACAUCUAUAGAAACCCGUUCACCGGGCUGUGCAGGAUCGGUGGCGACUGUUGCAGAAGUAGAGAGACAGAGUAUGAUGCAGUCGAAGGGGACCAGCACAACUGCCACUUUGCCUCCAUCCUGAAGACAACCGGGCUGCAGUACAGGGACUUCAUUCAUAUAAGCUUUCAUGACAAGGUAUAUGAGCUGCCCUUUAUCGUGGUUCUGGAUCACAGGAAGGAGGCCGUUGUGGUCGCUGUGAGAGGGACCAUGUCUCUCCAGGAUGUCCUGACUGACCUGUCUGCAGAGAGCGAGAACCUUGAGCUGGAUAUUGAGCUGCAGGACUGUGUGGCCCACAAGGGAAUUGCUCAAGCAGCCAGAUACGUUUACCGCAGACUGGUCAAUGAUGGGAUUCUGAGCCAAGCCUUCAGUAUUGCUCCGGAGUAUCGGCUCGUUCUGGUGGGACACAGCCUAGGAGCUGGAGCUGCAGCCCUGUUAGCCAUCAUGCUUCGAAGGGCCUACCCACAAGUCCGCGCUUAUGCCUUCUCCCCGCCCAGGGGGCUCCUGAGCAAAUCCCUUUAUGAGUACUCUAAGGACUUCAUUGUGUCACUUAUCCUAGGAAUGGAUGUGAUUCCCAGGUUAAGCGUGACCAACAUGGAGGAUCUGAAGAGAAGGAUCUUGCGAGUGAUUGCUAACUGCAACAAGCCGAAGUACAAGAUCCUGCUGCACGGCUGUUGGUAUGGACUGUUUGGCGGAAGCCCUGAUAACUCUCCGACUGAACUGGAUGAGGGCAACCAGGGAGCCCUGACUCAGCCUCUUCUUGGGGAGCAGAGCCUGCUGACACGAUGCUCUCCAGGCUACAGCUCCAGCGACUCCCCACUGGACUCUCCCACCAAAUACCCACCUCUGUACCCACCCGGCAGGAUCAUCCACCUGGAAGAAGAGAGUGGCUCAGGGAGGUUUGGCUGCUGUUCCGCUGCCCGGUACAGGGCUAGGUGGGCACAUGAAGCAGAAUUUGGCAAGAUCCUGAUAGGCCCAAAGAUGCUGACUGACCACUUGCCUAACAUCCUGAACCAGGCCCUGGACAGAGUGGUGGCCGACAACACAGCCUGUGUCUCCUGCCCAGGGCAAGGUGGCUCUCAGGCAGCUGUGGCUUAACCCCCUCUACUGGACACUGCCCAACACAAUGGGUUUGCGCCUUUUUUUUCCUCUUAGACUGAAUGUGAGUGGCUUCUGUGAGGCUGGUAUGGUGGCACUCAUCAACAGAAAGCUGAUGGGUCCAAGUAUAAUGGGCAUCAUUAUGACCAUACAAUUUAUAGAAACUCUUUCCCCCAGACAGGGUUUCUGUGUGUAGCUCUGGCUGUCCUGGAACUCAAUGUAGACCAGGCUGGCCUCUAACUCAGAUCCAACUGCCUGGGAUUAAAGGUGUGCAACACCGCUGAUGGCCUAUAGAACCAUUUUUGCCAUAGUAUUAACAGGAUCAGGAGUUGGGACCAUGCACAAGUGUUGACUUCUGGGACAGCUCAUGGAGCAAGCCUCCUCUCCCCCACCCCUCAAGAACUCCACAUCUGAAGACCCUGGGUGGAUCUCUAGCACCCCACCCCCGCUAGGAUCCCAUCCUGCUGUUUACAUGAGUCUGAACUUAAGACGAUGAUAAGUGUGCACUUUAUAUUCCUUACUGUCAUUCUUAAUGCGGCACUAAGGGCAGCCAGAGCUUCCUAUGUGCCCAGCACUGCGGCUCCUCAUUUAUACAACAUGAAUCAAUGUCCAACUUUGAUGUAUGCUUACUUCUCACAUUAUUCUAGAUCUGGAGCCAGGUGUUGGGCUCAGAGGGAAUUUUUUAAAAUAAAGUAAUUGAUACACCA